AUGAAAAAGCCUCUUUUGCCAAACUUGGGGAGAAAAAACGAAAAUGUAGAAAGCUUGGGCAAAAUCAGCUCCAUGAUAAAUCACAUGAAAUUGAUUGACGACAGUCUGAAGAAUUUAUUUUUAUGUGAGGAUGACUUGAAUAGCCAUGACGCCUUUUUGUUGUUUCGAGGAAAAGUUGCGAAGAGAAUUGUCCACUACUCCAGCCUGGCCGCGGAAUGCAAGGACAAGAUCCUCUGCGCCGAGGCGUCCGAUGAGGACGUGGAGGACGUCCGGCAGCAGUUCGAGUUCCACCAGGGGAAUGUGCAAAGGUACAAGAACAAGCUGAGCAUCUGGUGGAACAAAAAGGGGAAGGACUACCACCGCCUAUGCAUGAAUGAAUUUCUGACCAAGCGUAAAAGUGACGACCAUGGGACAUUCUCAGAGUCAGCAGAGAAAAAACAAACGGAUGCAAAUUUAAAAGACACGAAGCAAAUGAUGAUUGAAGAAAUCAACAGAAUGAAGAGCGUCAGAUCGGAGUUACUCGAGUCGUCCCACAAAUUGAGGAAGCAGGACCAAAUAUUUAACAUGUUCGAGUCGAAAAUAAAAUCCAGCACGCAGCUGUUAUUCUCUUUAAAAAAAAAGGCACAAAACGACACGCGAUACGUGUGGUAUUCCUUUUUCUUCUUUCUGAGUGUGUGCUCGUAUAUUAUCCUGCGUAGGCUGGGGGUGAUCUGGGCCCUCCUAACGGUCAUCAAAUUGAUGCUUUCAAUGGUGCUCUACGUGGUCAAAUUAGCGUUGGGCAUGUUUCUUUUUGUUAAGAAGGGCAAUGAGGAAAAGGGCGCAAGUGGGGAAGACGAUUUGGGGAAAAUCGAUGUGCCCAUUCCAGUUACAACUGAGUUGUGA